CCCCUGGGAGCUUGACGGAGGAUGCCCAAAGCUCGAGUCGAAGGCACCACAUGUGAAAUUGUGAAGCCGUGGUGAAACGUGGCCAUGGCUCUCCUCCAACUAGCCAUCUUCCAUCUGCUCAGGCUUACCUACCAAUUUGAAGGUGACCUCCUUUCAAGGGGCGCAACACUGGUGACAGAAGGAUCUGCGCCAGCGCGGCGUGCAGCAAGUGCUGUCGAUGCAGCUUCUGUCGUGGCCCAGGCGCCUCCCAAUGUGGAGCCUCCUUGGCGAAACGAUCGCGCCCUCGUGCGCAGGGAUUCCUUGAACAUUCGCUGGACAAUUCCACACUCGGAGCCACCCGUGCUCUAUGUGGAGUUGGAGCACGACGGAGGAUUUGGGGGAAACUUCACAACAACUUUGGCGAUCAGGUCGGAGUACACCAGAUAUCAACUGAACGGCUUGGAGCCAGGGAGCACCAUUCGCUUCCGUCUCCGUGCCUUCAACGAAGUUGGUUCGUCGUCAUGGAGUCCCGAGGCAUCGUUCAUGGCCCUCGCAGUUCCAAGUGCACCAGAGAAUCUGCAUGCAAAAUUUCAUCCUAUGGCUAUUCGACCCGAAAUUUGUUGGACUCCCCCGAGUGAUGUUGGAGGCGGUGGACAAGAUACCGUUAUGAUCAUGAAUUAUCGUGUUUGGAUGCAUCUCUCAGAUGGUCAAGUCAAACUAUUGGCUGAAGUCCCAGGAGAUCGUUCCUGUUUCGAAGUGGAUCUUCCACAAAUCUUCAGUAACGAGUUUCGUUUCUCCGUGAAUGCUGUCAACCAGGUGUACGAGGGACAGCGAAGUAACAUCCUGGAAUUGUCACGCGCCGGACCUCCAGGACAACCUGGUCAGAUUGAAGUCGACAACGUCACAGGCAGCAGCAUCUUCCUGAGUUGGUCUCCACCAUCAACACGAACUGUUGAGUGCAACGAAGCCUUGAGUGUUUGUGGUGACAUUCAGGCACAAUUUGCACAUGCACCGGCAGCCACAGGCUAUGAACUCUACUGGGACGAAGGGAAAGGUUCACUGCCAUCGAUCUUAGUCUAUGCUGGAGCAGCGCCUGUUGCAGAAAUUUCUGUGACAUCGUCCCGUGGCUGCUACCAGUUCCGAGUGCGAGCUACAAAUUCAGCAGGGGAAAGCUAUUUCACCGACAUCCAAUCCGUGUCGAACUUGCCGCUUGCAUCACCAACUGGUUUGAAAGUUGAAUCGAUUCGCUGGGGGGCAGUGACUCUCUCUUGGGAUGAAAUUCCACCAUCUGCAUGUGUUUGGUGGUACGAGCUACAGAUGUUGAACGUUGCUUAUGGCAACAUAUCUGUGGUUAAAAGCGGUCUCCCGCAGAUCGAUGUGGAGGACUUGAACAGUUUGCAUCUGUAUCAGUUUUCAGUUCGACUUUGCGAUGCCGCAUCAUGCAGUAGUUUCUCAAAUGUGGUGACGGUGGUCCCCACCCGGGAACCCUUUGGCCCCACAGCGCCGUAUGCAUUGCACUAUGAGAAUGGCCUUGUGACCGUGACGUGGUCGGCGUGGUCAGCGUGGUCGGCCUUUGGUCAGCCAGAGACGCUGGAGCCCUUCAUCGGAAGCUUUCAAGUUUUCGCUGCUAGCUUCGAGCAAGGACCAUAUUCCUGGGUGGGAUCUGUUUCAGCCAAUGUGGAACCGAUCUUCGUUUUCCCUUGUAACGAGACCAAUUCCACCAAUGACCUCUGGCCAUCUGCGAUUUUUGUGAAAGUGGUCGCCACCGUUUCGAGCACCUGGAGUUCGGAAUCUACUUCAGCUGAAUCUGAAGCUGCUCGAAUCUUCUGUGCACCUUUGCCAAUCGCGCCUCCCGUGCCAACAACAAGUCUCCUUCGUACGGGGACUCAACGAGAGGUGCCGAGUCUCUUUGACCUCACCGUGGAACUGUCGCUCACAGGGCAACCAGCCGAGAUAGCAGCUGUACAUACUGGUUGGAAGGUAGAACUCGUCACAAAGACGGACAACACACUACUGGAAAGUGUUCACCUUACCGAUCCAGGCGUGCAAUCAUAUACUUUCACAGACUUGCCUCCUGCCAUUGACGUCACCGUGCGCUAUGCUGUUGUGGCUUUCUCUGGCACUGGGCCGUUGUCUCCGUUGAAGUUGCUCCGAGUGAACUCGGUCCCUCCACAGCCAGUGAUGCAGGUGGAUUCCAGUGACGAUGAAAGCGUUGGCGUGUCAUGGACUUGGGAACCAGGCAUUGACGAUGAUGAACUUCUGAAUUAUAAUCUCUAUGUGGAUUGGCAGGAUGGUCAUUUCAGCAAUACCAAUCUUCAGCAACCCACAUAUAGCACCAGAAGCCCAAAUUAUUUGGUGAAUUGUACAGAUGGUACUUUGGGGGGUAUGUCUCGUUCACGUCAGCGGUUGUGGUUCCGGGUGGCUGCAGUAAGUCCUGCUGGAAUUGGCGAACUUUCAGAGUCACUUUUCUGGGUUUGUGGAUCAGUGCCAGAUCAACCAAUCGCACCGACAUUGGAAGAAGUUGACAGUUCCUUUGCAAUGCUUGGAUGGACUCAGCCAGAUCUUCAUGGUGCUGCUUUGCAAAGCGUAAAAGUGGUUGCUUCAACAGCGCUGGGGCCCAACUUCUUUGGGUUUGCCAACUCCGAAUAUCUCUACACGUCUCCUGGAUCUUUGCUCAAUGUGACUGCCAACCUCUCUCAGCCCUUGCAAUUUGCCAUACAAGUGACGUCAGAUGUCGGGCAAAGUCCACUGUCACCGUGGCUCAGUUUCUCAAAACUGGCAUUGCCUCCUUUGCCUCCAAGGCUGAGCAUUCAAAGUUCCACGGAUUCCCAAAUCAUCGUGGAAUGGUCUCUUGACAGAACCAAAGAGCGAGGUGCUUACCACACAGGAUUCUAUUUCUAUGUUUCUGUGGAUGGAACAACAUGGCCCGAUGAAGACACGGGUUAUGUGGCAACGUGGCAAGAUGAAUUCACCACGACCUACACCAUGGAUUGCACAUUGACUGCACUUCUUGGAGGUCAGAGCCGAUCCCAGCAAUUCCUUUGGUUCAAAGUCGCUGCGCGAAGUGCCGUUGGACGCGGUCCGUUGUCCAUCGCAGUUGCACGACGUUGCUCAGCACCACCCACUGCUCCAGUGAAUUUGGCUUUAGAUUCAUCGGUCUUUGAUGCCGAUGGAAUCGGCUAUACCUUGCUGACCUGGGAAGAGCCGACUCAGCUAAGUGGAGCAGUUCUCUUGGGCUACAAAGUCUAUGUGGAUACAAAUACUGCAGACACCCAAGACUUGUACACUUUACUGGAUGUCAUUGAGGAUCCAGAACAACGUGCCUUUCGACAUGAAAACGUUGUACAAGGCCAAUCCUACAAAUACAAGGUCACAGCAGUGUCAGAGACAGGAGAGGGAACUUCAAACGAAGUAAUUCUUGUGCCUGCCUUGGUACCACUGGAACCUGCACAGCCAGUUUUGCUGGAUGACUGUACAACAUCUUGGUACACCAGCAAGGCGCUGUGUACAUAUCCACACAACUACGAACUGGCAACGGUUAGUGUUGAUAUCAGAGAGAGUGCCGGUAUCAAUGCCCCAAGGGUGAACCCAUUUGUCACAGUGCUCCAAGGAACAAUUUUGGAGGUGACCCAAGAAGAGCUUGGUACAGAUGGACGGCUCUAUUUGAAUAUCCCUACUUUGGGCGGCUGGCUCUGGGAUGAUACGCCCCUGGAUCCAAGCAAUCCAUUGUCAAAUCGCCUUCCUGCCUUGAAGUUCUCUUGGACAUGGCAGGACGAUGAAGUCAGGGCUUUGGGCGGGAUGCCAUUGACGGCUUGGUAUGUUUACAGGUCUUCAGAUGGAGUUGUGUGGGACACUUACACCUCCUUGGCCUCGACUGCUCGUGAUACCUCCUUCGAGUGCGCUGUUGCUGAAGUUGGACUGCCCUUUUGGGUCCGAGUUUCUGCGGUAAAUUCCAUUGGUGAAGGCCCAAAAUCUGAGCCGUUGAAGCUCCGCUGCUCUUUGCCACCGGGGAUGCAACCAGCUCCAACUCAGCUUGAAGGAGAUCUCAACAGCAUUAUCGUCGGCUUCAACCCGCAGAAUUUGCAUGGUGCAGAGUUGCUCUAUCACCGAUUGACCUAUGCUUUUGUUGAUGACAUUGAAGGUAUUCUAAAUCCAAUUCAGCUGGAUGUGCCGGGCUCAGAAACGUUUGUGAACAUUACGAACCUCUUGCCCUUCUCCACAUACGUUUUCAAAGUUCAAGCCAUGACAGAAUCAGGAAUGUCUUUGGAUCCAUACUGGCAAAGCAACAUGACAACAGGAAGUGCAAUUUUGCUUGACCCUCCUAGCUAUUUGUCUUCAGAUGGUUCAACACUUCGUUUCACUCUUGCCAACCUCACUGGAGUUCGAGACUGGCCGGACGAUGAAGUGCCUUCUUACAAUUUGUACAUCACUGCAGACGAUCGCGAGUGGCCCACUGAGCCAACCUUCGUCACGAGCAGUUUGGUCUUUGAUCAUGAUUGUACUCAGACUCCGGAUCAUACCCAGUUGGAUGGAAAUGGAGAUGCCAUUAUUGUGGACCAAAGCUACAACUUUGUUUAUGUGAAGGUUUCAUUGAGUACGGCCACUGGCCCUGGAUUUCUGUCGAAUGCAUCCACCUUUUUUUGUUCUCCUCCUCCAUCUCAGCCAGUGCUGGAAGUCUACAGCUCAGAUCCUGACCAGAUCACACUGAAAUGGCCAAACCCGGACCUUUUCAAUGCGCCCCUUGUUGGAUAUAAUGUCUUUUUGGACGAUGGUUUGGGUGGGGAUAUCAAUUUGAACAAGUACGUAGCUGCAGAUGAUGUCGCUUACGAUGAGACCAAUGCAUCAGUGAUGAUGUCCAUUUCCCCUGUCAUCACAGGAAGGUGGUACAGGGCCAUGGUCACGGUCUUGUCAGAAGCUGGAGAAUCAUCCAGUACCCAAAUUGUCAACGCUCAGACUUGCGAGGCACCACCCAAUCCCGUCAUUGCUCGCUUGUCUUCAUCCACAUCACUUGUUUUGCAGUGGAAUGUGAGCGCAGGAUCUGAAGUUUGCUCCCCUCAGAGCUAUGCUGUGAUCUCUGAAAUCAUCAACUACACCGGUGAGGUGAACCAAAGUUUGGUGCUGUUGACAUCAGACACCAUUGCACCGAAUCAGUUGGAGCAUCAGUUGGAUAACUUAGUCUCAGAAGCAGAAUAUCGUUUCCGUGUGCGAUCCUUUGUACCUGGUGGUGCUCGAGAAAGUGGUUGGACCUUAGGAUUUGCUGCAGGCCUGCCUGCUAAGAUGGAUCCGGUGCGACAUGUUCUGAACGCAUCCUUUGCAACAUCGAUCUAUUUGGAAUGGACGGUGCCAGAUAUGAACGUAGGAAGUCCUGUUGGCUUUCAGCUCUUCCGAAAUGAUGGCCCUGGCACCGGGAUGCAAAGCCAAGCAGAGGAUUGCAUUGCAGCAGAUUGCACUCAAGAUCCUUCGUGCAGUCUGCAGCCAAUAUCUCGAAUUCCUGAUGCUACGGGAUGUUUCAUCCCGGGGCUCACUGAAGACACUGUCUAUCGCUUCUGGAUACGUGCAGUGAAUGAAUACGGUGCAGGACCUUUGAGUGAAGUUGCUGAAAUCUCUGUGGGUGCCUUGCCGUUGGUGACAGCUCCCACGCUCGUAUCCGCUCUGUAUGAGAAUUGCACCAUGACGUGGGAGUGGUCCCCUGCCAUCGAACGUGGCAAACUGGUGCACAGCUAUGACCUCAAAGUGGAAAGAAUGAAUACUUCGGCAGAGUUGCUGAUCCCAUUCGAUGGCAAUUCAUCUGCACCUUAUCGAGUAUCAGUGGCUACGGUAAGUUCUGACACAUGGACGGAGGCUGUUCCAGGAGAAACAUACCGUGCAGCUGUGCGAGCUCGAAGUGAUGUGGCGACGUCGGAGUGGUCUGCAUGGUCUGCCAGCAGCUUUUGCAUCUCAGAACCACAGGUGCCGAAUCCUCCACGCCGAGAUUCCGUGGAAGUGAAAGCAGGGCGUGUCCAGCUGAUUUGGGAUGUGGUGACCUCUGAGAUGGCUGGGAACGACGACCUGGACGCAUUGGGAGUGGAGUACGACAUCUGGGGAAAACCGUAUCCUUUGAGCCUCGAAACCCAGUGGCGCAGGCUCUACCAACUCCCUGCCUACGAGGCUGGAGCACAGGCUCUGAGUCCAUCAGUGGCAAUGGACACCUUCCCCGAGACUCCUGUGACGGCCACGUGGGGUUUCAAGCUUCGAAUCGCCAAUCGAAACGGCUACGGCAACUUCUCUCAGGAGCUGCAUUUGAGCACUGGGCAGUUGGCAUCAGCCCCUCUGCAGCUGGCAGCUUCAGUGGCUGGCAAUGGACAAAUCGUUCUGACAUGGCUGGCACCCAUCUCAGAUGGCUACAUUCCUCUCACAGGCUAUCAGGCCCGUUGUGGUUCUGGACCAUGGGAAGACGUUGCCAAUACCAAGUUCACCCACGAAAUGUUGUUCAGCCCACCAGCAGGGCUUGUCACGUGCGAAGUGCGCGCCCUCAACGCAGUGGGCGAGGGCGCAGUGGCACAGACCACCUUGACAUUGCUCUAAAUGCAGAGACAUUCUGAGAGACUCGGAGAGACUCUUUGAACGAAUCAUACAAAUCUGCAUUUUUCUAUCAGUUUCGGACUAUGAAUCAACCAUGGUAAAGACUCUUACGAAAGUACCUCAACCAAUCAGAAUAUAUACAUUAUCCAG